CUUCCUCCACAUUCAGUAAUCCGACACCGCCACUAACCCUAAAAAGCAGAGGAUGGAUUCCCAGCUUCAUUCGCAAAAAUAACUCAGUGAGAUCAGACGAGAGGAAACAGACCCAACGGCGGGCGAACAUAUCAGAUCUUAGUAGUUUGCGAAGUGAGUGAAUGUUUUACAUGUCGAGUGAAAACUUUUCAUCUUCAGAGGCGGAUGGGUGACUACCAUCUUCGGCGCUUCCAUGUGAGAAGACGAUGAAGCAUUACAACAGCAGUCCUCGUCUAAACAACCAGAUCGCGAAUCACAGCAGAGAGAGAAACAACAGGAAGGGAUUUUGGUUAUCGACUCUCGGGCUUCGCUUCUCUCUUCGCGACUAUGCUUACUGUAUGGCCACCCUGCUGCUCUUCUGCCUGGGUUCACUCUUCUAUCAGCUGAACGGAGGACCCCCUAAAGUCCUGCUUGAAUUCAGGCAGUAUCUCGGAGAAUCCACUUUUGUUGAUGACCACGGACCCCCUGCACCGAGGGUGCUGCCAUUUCCAAGUCAGGUAAUCUAUAACAGGGUGGGCAAGUGUGGAAGUCGGACGGUGGUUCUACUGCUGAGGAUUCUAGCAGAAAAGCACCAGUUUAACCUUGUCUCUUCUGACAUUCAUAACAAAACCAGACUCACAAAGCAUGAGCAGGUCAGUGGAUGGGUGGAUUUAAUGAGGAACAUAAGCACCAUUCCUCAGCCUUUUCUGUACACGAGACACGUUCACUUUCUCAAUUUCACAAGGUUCAGGAUAGAUCAGCCUGUAUAUAUCAACAUCAUCAGGGAUCCCAUUAACCGUUUCCUUUCCAAUUACUUUUUCCGACGUUUUGGGGACUGGAGGGGAGAGCAGAAUCAUUUGAUCCGUACGCCCCAGAUGAAAGAUGAUGAGCGAUAUCUGGAUAUUAAUGUUUGCAUUAUGGAGAACUACCCAGAAUGCUCUAAUCCACGCCUGUUCUACAUUGUGCCAUACUUUUGUGGACAGCAUCCUCAGUGCAGAGAACCAGGAGUUUGGGCUGUGGAGAGGGCCAAACAAAAUGUUGUGGAGAACUUUCUCCUCGUGGGGAUUUUGGAGGAGUUGGAGGAUGUGUUGCUUCUGUUGGAGAGACUCCUACCUCACUACUUCAGUGAUGUCCUAUCCAUCUACAAAAGUCCAGCAUUCUGGAAGAUGGGAAAUCUUACAGGAACAGUAAAGAAACACAUGCCCAGUUUCGAGGCCCUGCAAGUGCUUUACCAAAGAAUGAAGUAUGAGUACGAUUUCUACAACUUCAUUCGUGACCAGUUCCAUCUCACCAAGAGAAAGAUCGGCCUCAAAUCCACCUCACAGACCUCCGCUCAUGAACCUGAAUUUCUUCGUGAGCUUGCCCUCAGAACCCAUGAACCUUUGGAAGAGGAGGACGAGGAAGAGGAGGAAGAAGAGGAUGUGGGGCAAGAGGAGGGCAACAUUUGGUUGGUUCAGCCUUGAGCAUAGCUAUGUAUGUGAAGGCAUGGCAGAUAUCUCAUAAACUUGAUAUCUGUAUCCAAUCAGAAGGUUGAGCCAUCAUUCCCAGUGGACAGUUGGGUGUGUUAUUGCGAUUCCCGUGUUUUCUAUGGGACGGACCUCGGAGACAUUCCGCCCUCUCAAGAGGAGCACAAGAGGGUCUGAAUAGUUAUAUUUAAGGAACUGAAAAUUAAAGCAAAUUUUGUACUGUUCAUAAGUUUAUCAAAGAAAGCUGUUACAGAGUUGUGGUCAUUUCCUGGUGAGAUGAUACGAGAUUGGGAUUACAGGGAUGUUGCUGAUAGAAAUAACUAUACUAUACUGUAGAGUUAUCUAUGUAUGAACCAGUUUCAUUCCAGGCACUAUUUCUGUAAACCUGAAAAAUAUUUUAUUGUACAGUAUGGCCUCAUACAUGGAAUCUGGGUGGUCUCAUUCUACACACAUGAACUGAAGACACAUUGUCCCACGUAAACGCCUCAAACAUUAGUGUAAGUGCCAAACUCCAAAAGUGCCUGAUCAUUGCAUUACUGCUGUUUGCUGUAACCACCCUAAUAGAGAGAAUGCAUUGAUGUCACUUUGCCACGUGAAUAUGCUGGGACCCCCCCCCCUUGAGUGCCAGCACACGCUCCCUUCAAGUCCCAGUGAAAUAAAAAAUAACAAUGCCUAUUUUUUCAUUAAAUAUUGCAGCGUUAUUGUAAAUAGUUUAUAAAUUAGGGUCAUUCUCUUUUUAAAAUGUGUGUGCCCUCAAAAUCUUUAGUUAAAAUCUGAAAAUGCAAUUUCUUCCUGUGAUGACUAUCCAUCUUAACUGAAAUAUGUUAGGCGGUUUGCGCGGAGCUUUCGUUAACUCCUCCCCUUCAAAUGUCAGUCUGCUGCCAGUUCCAUUUCUAAAUUCAACAGCUUUUUUUAUACAUCCCAUCAAAUCACAGAGAAAAACGAAAGCCACUAUUUUUCUCAUAAGAAAUUCCAUCUCACUUGGAAAUUCGUCAAAUUACAGAAGUAACACGAUCGCAACUUCCGGUUCACAGGGACUUCAAGUGUGUUUCGGCGUGUUCACGUGGGAAAGUGGUGUCAAGUGCAAAGUAUAUCCUCUAUUAACUCAAGAGCCACAAAUCAUAUCCGAUCAUUGCCCAGUCCCCGUGGAUCAAGAAAUCUCCUGCAACUUUGUGCCACAAUCUCAAUGCAAUUUUUCUGGGAAGGGUCUUUUCUUCCAUACAUGUUGUACAAUAACCUUAAACCUUCUGAAUGUCAGGAUGUUUAUGAAAAAUGCUGCACACUUGAAGGCUUGAGAUGGAUGUUAAACAUUUUCUGUACCUUGUCUGUAUUUCUCUCCUGCAUAUAAUAGGGCCCACAAAUUUUCCCAAUAGGUAAACAAUCUGCAAAGGAAAAAAGAAUACCUUAAUGUCUGUUAUUAAGUCUAAUUCAGUGUAAUGUUGUAAUAUGUUCCUUUUUCCAGUCGAAGGCAACCGGGAAAAAAUGAUGAACCGCUUCGUCAUAAAAAGCACAGUUCAGUUGAUAUAUGUGACCUUUCUGUGAAAUCUAGACUUAAGCCUCAUGAUCAGCCAUUCAUUUGAAUGAUUUUCAAAAUUGUGAGUCAAAUUCAGUUUUCUUCUACACAUAAAGCAAUAUUUUUGAAGGCACCUGAAGUCAUAGAAACUAUGACGCACAAGUCAUAUUGACUACUUAGUGCCUUUAUCCUGUUUGGGCAAAAGGGUUCUACAAAUGUCUAUGAUGAGUGCAUCACAAAUAAACACAUAAAUAAAUUAUUUUGAUGAUAAGGGAAGAUGUGCAUGCUCAAUUCAAUGCUGUCAGAGAGGAGCUCCUUUCCUCUUGUGUUAACACAAAUGUGAACAUUUUCAAGAAUUUCUUAAGAACUUCCUAAAGAAGACCCCAUUUAUGUCUAAAUGACUGAUAUGCUCAACAGAUCUCCACAAAUCCAUAAGGUUAUUCAAGUGUUUAAUUGCUGUGGGGUCCAUCAUUAAUGAUCAGACUACCUUUGCAUUUAUAUCAGUAAAGCAACUAAAUACAUUUGUAUACCUUCAAGCUCUCCCAGAUUCCCAUUUAAACUUGCCAGUAAAAUAUACAGAUGUAUCUAUACUUUUGUGAUCAAGGUGGAUUUUUCUUUUGUUUAAUUUAUUGGACAGUAUACAGUUCAUGAUUGCAUUCCAUGUACAAUUCUCAGGAAAAAGAGCAGAUAUAUUUUUGUGUUUUGGCAUCUAACAGCUGGCAAAUACUUAAAACAUUGGAUACUUGCAGGUUAUUUAAACAGCUGCAUUGGCUCUUUCAGAAACAAAAACUGAAUAAAUAGCUAACAUUUUAA